GGGCGGAAGUGGGUGGCUAGAGCGGCUGCGGGAAGCCGGGGCGGCGAGGGAAGAUGGUGGCGGAGGAGCAGCUGCGGGUGGUCCGCUGGGGGGGCAGCGCCCUCGCCCUGAGCCGCGCCGUCUUCUCCGCCGACGGGAAAUACCUUUUGUGUGCUUCCGGGGACUACGUAAAAGUCUACAGCACUGCUACAGAAGAGUGCCUGCAUGUCCUACAGGGUCACAGCAACCUCGUGACGGGAGUCCAGCUGAAUCCUCAAAAUCAUCUCCAGCUCUACUCUUGGUCUUUAGAUGGCACCAUUAAGCUGUGGGAUUUCCUGGACGGAAUUCUCAUUAAGACAUUUGUGGUUGGGCAAAAACUCUUUGCGUUCUACGCAGUUCCGCGUUUUGAGGGCUCAGCGUUCGUUAUUAUUCCAAAGGACAACGAUGAAAGACUUGCAUCAUUUCAGCUAGUUUCAGUGAAACUGCCGAAGACACCCGGCCAGGAAAUAAGCGCUGACAAGUGGGAAUUGGUUUUGGAGGGCGUCAGCCAGUCUCCCAAGUGCACUGCGUUUGGAAGAGAAGGUGAAUACGUGGCGUGCGUCUGGGGACUCCACCUCUUCGUUUAUUUUUUCAAGAAGAACAGGGUCCACAGCUUUCCUCUGAGUGCGAAAUGCACCAAAGGAGCCAACAACUUCUUCACCUGCGUGGCCUGCCACCCGAAGGAAGACUGCAUCGCCAGCGGCCACAAGGACGGCAAGAUUCGCUUGUGGAGAAACUUCCAUCAUAAGAGAGAGUACACGUUCACCACGCUGCACUGGCAUCACGACGAAGUGAUGGAUCUCGCUUUCUCCGUGGAAGGAACCAGCCUUCUGAGCGGCGGGGUUGAAUCGGUGCUGGUCCAGUGGCGAAACGGAUCGGACUCAAAGAAGGAGUUCUUGCCGCGCUUGGGAUCCACAAUCCAGAAUAUUUCUGCCUCUCCUGAUGGAAUGUUUUACUGUACCUCACAUUCAGAUAACAAAAUAACCAUCAUACACAGCAGCUUGACAGUUUCUGCAGUAAUUCAAGGAUUAAUCCAAGGCAGCGACGUCAAGACUGGCUUGAUGGUGGACCCGCGAACGAAUGCUUUGGUUCUGAACGGCAAACCGGGUCACCUGCAGUUCUAUUCACUGCAGAACGACAAGCAGCUAUACAAUCUGGAUAUCGUGCAGCAGGAGUACAUCCACCAGCACGGCCUGAACCAGGUGGAGUUGGUGAAGGCAGCGUUUGACUCCAGGGGUGGCUGGCUGGCCACCGUGGAGCAGCGGGAAGAAAAGGGCGGUGAGCUUGAAGCACAGAUGAAGCUCUGGGCCUACGAGGAGCAAACGCAAAGCUUUACUCUGAACACCCGAAUCAACAUGCCGCACGAGGAUCACAUCACAGCGUUGUGUUUCCGUGACACGGGGGAACCCGACAGCGCCCUCCCGACUGUAGUGACGGCCGGCAAAGAUGGACGCUUUAAAGUCUGGGUGUUCCUACCAGAGAACGAUGAGGAAAGCCAAAGCGCAGGCUGGACCUGCGAUUUUGUGGGAAGCUACCACAACUACCCGGCGACCGACUGCUGUUUUUCCGAAGACGGCUCCGUGCUCGCCGUCAGCUUCGAAGCGAUCGUCACCGUGUGGGAGUCUGAAACGUGGACACUGAAAUGCACUUUCUGCCACCCCCCGGGAACAAUACGAAACCUCUGCUUUGGGCGGCUGAGCUGCUCCAAAUAUCUUCUCGGCACCACCAGUAACGGAUUCCUGUGCUGUUGGAACCUGCUGAGCUGCAUGUUGGAAUGGAGCGCCCAGUUGAACGUCCUGGUUCUGCAACCCGACCGCCUGUCCGAAAACAUUGCUGCGAUUUCGUGCCUCUCGGAAUAUUCGGACUUGUUUGUGUUUAAACCCAGUGAGCCGCGGCCUUUGUGUAUCCGGAAGCAGCUCUGCAGGGGUAGGGUUCGGUGGGCCGUCUUCGUGCCCAGAGAUGUGCCGGAAUGCAUCGCCUCAGGAAAAUACCAGUGGCUUAACCUGUCGCAGUUCUACUUCCUGACCGAAACGCAAGAGCUGCUGACCUUAAGCACAAGGACCCCAGAGGAGCGGCUGACACCUUCCAGCAGGCAGCUGGCCACGGAGGAGAGCCUCCCUGUGACUCCAUUUUACCUACUCCUGGGGAAGCACCAGCAACAGACGAAAGAGACCGCUGAAGGCGGGAGGGCACCAGCCCCAACGACCAUGGCACAAGUCUCCCCAGCCGUCAAAGAACUGCUUCGCACUCCAGCCCACGUCCUGCCGUCUGCUUCUUUCCUGUGUCCAAUUUUUAUUAACUCACUGCUGGUCCCCAAAGCAAAUGCCAGCCGUGCUGAAGAACUUCCUGAUGAAGCAGAAAUGGAAAGCGACAGCAAAGAGGAUGAAUCCGAAGAGGAAGGAGGGGUGGUCAGCGACGCUCACGGCCAGGUGCCGGAGGCCACGGAGAGUUUGGGUGACGUCGCACCCAAGUUGACAAAAGCCCAAGAAAAAGAGCUGCGUAAAUUGAGGAAACUGGACUACAGCUGGGUAUCGGCCCUCUAGGCGGACCGUGUUUCUAGGCACUUUGGACUCUUUAUAUUUGUGACCAAGAAUUGAAUCAGAUUUAGUUUUUGCUAAUAAAACGGUGCUUUCCAGGAUGCGGUGGCAACGUUCUGUUGCCAGUUAACCGCGUAUUCCUGCAGAGAGUAAUCUAAGGCCGUUA